GCCGCGCCCGGCGGGGAGCUCGGCGGGGCGCGGAGCGGCCCCGGAGGAUGGGGCGUGCGGCGGCAGGCGCUGGGCUGGGGACUGUGUCCCUCUGGGGCAGCCUCCUGCUCGCUGCCGGCCUUGCCCUCGACCCAGCACAGCAAAGCUGCAACUGCACGGAGCCCAUGGACUUCCAGGCUUUCCGGGAGGCUCCGCUCCCUGAGAGCUGCUGCCUCAACUUUACCGGCUCCAACAUCACCCACCUGGAGUGGAGCGUGCUGGUAGGGGUGUGGGGGCUGCGGGAGCUCUACCUCUCACACUGCAGCAUCAUGGAUAUCAGCAAUGCACAAGAAGUACCCCCUGCCUUGGAGAUCUUGCACUUAAGUCACAAUCUGCUGAAAAGUCUCCCUGGAAGCUUUCUAGAAGAUGCCCCCAAUUUGAGGAUCCUUUAUCUGGACAGCAACCAGCUCCAGGAGCUGCCCAAGUCCUUCCUGAAAGCAUCCACCCAGGUCCAGGAGGUCUACCUGGGCUUCAAUGCCCUGACCUUCCUCCCCACCAGCCUCCUGAAGCCAUCUCUGCUCCAGCUCCAGCUCUCCAACAACAGCUGGGACUGCAGCUGCGCUUUGCUCAGCAACCUGGAGGAUUGGCCCAGCCUGGUCACUGAGGUUAUCUGCCACACACCAGAGCGGUACCGCGGCAUGGACCUCCAGAGCAUCCCCCGGGAUAAGCUGUGCCGCUCGCACAGCCUCACUGCCCUCUUCAUCUGCCUGCCCCCUCUCCUCAUCCUCAUCAGCAUCACCUGGUGCUUCUGCAGGCGGAAGAGAAAGACCAACUACAGCCUUCAGAGCAGAUCCCACAGCCACCCAGCCACAGCAGAAGGGGACAAUGUGGUGGAGUCCCACCACUAUGAGCUGCCCACUGCCCCCUCUGAGACCAAGAAGAAGGUGCUGCUGGGGAGCCAGGUCCUGCUCCAGCCCUCUGCAGAUCUACUGGAGAGUGGCAGAGACCUCUACGAGGAGGUGGAGAUCCAGGUGGGAUCCCCCAGCAGUUCCCAGGUGCUGGCCCGUGAAGGACAGCAGGGCACGGGGCCAGGCAGUCAGUGGGACACCCCGGCACUGAGGGCAGAGGAGCUGGGGGGCAGCGAGCCAGAGGUUGACACCGUCAGUGUGAGUGAAGUCCUAAAGGACUCUGCCGACCGGGAGAAGAUCUACAUGAGUCAGUCAACCAACUAUUACAACCUGGUACCCGGCAUCGAGCUGGAGGACUCGGACAACCUGGAGUAUGAGACCAUCAACCUGCACUGAUGCUGGGACUCGGGCCGUGUCUGGGACAUGCUGGGAGGAUGGCAGGGGCUGGGCAGUAGCAAACACCAGCAGAGCAGGAGAAGCACGAGCCAUCCUGCCGUGGCUUACAGUGGCUGUUCGCAAAGUUGCACACCCAAAUUCCCAUCCCUUCCCCUGCACUAACAUGUGCACCCCUCGCUUGCCAUGUGCUGCAGCUGGGCAGGGGGUGUGAGGGUGCUUUGGGCACUGGGGGCUCUGCCACAGGCUGGCAGUGUUUGGGGACACACAGGCUGGCAGUGCCUGAGGAAGUAUGUGGAGAGGGGGUGGGGACUGGUUUUGGGGACUGGGUGACAAUACUAUGUGUGUCAGACCCACUGACCUCUCUUGCUGGAGUGAGAUGGCAUCUGGCAUGGACCUGCUGCUCCCCAGCCCACAAAGAACAGGGUCCGGGGACAUGAAAUGGGGCUGGCUCUGCCUGCGUGGUCUGAGGGGGGAUCAUGUGUGGACAGGGUGCCCUGGGCUUGGCAGGGGGAGCUGGGGGUGGCUGGACCUGCUGCCCACCCCACAUCCCACCCUGCCCCACUGCGUGGUAUAGGGGCUUGAAACAGCUGGUCCGUGUGUGCUGCUGCGUGCAUGAGUGUGUGUGUGUGCAGGGACUGUGCAUGGGUGGGCGUGAGCAGGUGCGUGAGGUGCACAUGCACACAGGGAAGCACUGGGGGGGGGCCCUUGCAGCCUCCCCUGCCCGAUGUGCUGCUAAGCCCUGUAGGAUCCAGCUCUUAAUAAUAAAUAAAUAUUUUUACCCCUGGCA